GCUCAGGAAUGAGUCAUCUGUGACCAGUAGGGGGUGCUCUUCCAUAAGGCUGACCCCCAAGGCAGUGGGCAGAUGAGCAACUGACCACAGACUUAAAGAUGGCCCAAGGGGAAGGUUUGGGCCUUUGGUAACUGAGUCGGGUUCAGCUUAACCCAUUCGCACCCACGUGUGUGAUUGGAGGGGUCCAAUAAGGCUGCAGGAAGCACUGUGGAGGUGGUACCCCACAGCUAGAGCCCUCCGAGCAGCGUAGCACAGAAGGGAUCCCUGCUCUGGAGGCUGGGCCUGGAACAGAGAGCAGCGUGCACUAGUCGGAUUGAGUGGACACACAAGAGUUAACUGUGGGGUGUGACAGGGCGAACCGCCCUCAGGAAGUGUUACUCACCGCUGGGAAUGUGCCUUGUGCCUUGGGGGCUGGAUUCUCUUCCUGAGUCCAGAGAAGCUGAAGAAGCCCCAGCCAUGGAAGCCCCUGGGGAGCAAGCAGCAGGCCCUCUUGGAGCCUCCAGCCCACCCAGCUUUACUCCUGGGCACCUGGAGAGAGAAAAGCCAGCCCAGGACCCCCUGUACGACGUGCCCGACGCUGGUGCGAGGCAGGCAGGUGGGCCCCAGCGGCCCGGGCGUGCUGUCAGCCUGCGGGAGCGCCUGCUGCUCACCCGGUCCGUGUGGCUGCAGCUGAGGGCCAACGCUGCAGCUGCUCUGCAUGUGCUGAGGACUGAGCCUCCAGGGACGUUCCUGGUGCGGAAAUCUAACACCCGCCAGUGCCAAGCCCUGUGUGUGCGGCUGCCUGAUGCCAGUGGCCCCUCCUUUGUCUCCAGCCACUACAUCCAGGAGGGUCCAGGUGGCGUCUCUUUGGAGGGCUCGGAACUCGUAUUCCCAGACUUGGUCCAGCUCAUCUGUGCCUACUGCCACACCCGGGACAUCCUUCGCCUCCCCCUACAGCUCCCUCGAGCCAUCCACCAGGCAGCCACCCACAAGGAGCUGGAGGCCAUCUCCCACCUGGGCAUUGAGUUCUGGGGCUCUUCCCUCCACACCAAGACUCAGCGAGGCCCAUCCGAUGGCCCACCACUGCCCCGGCUCAAGGCCCGGUCCCCUCAAGAACUGGACCAGGGCACUGGAGCUGCCCUGUGCUUUUUCAACCCCCUAUUCCCAGGGGACCUGGGCCCCACUAAGCGGGAGAAAUUCAAGAGGAGCUUCAAAGUACGUGUGUCCACAGAGACCUCCAGCCCCCUGUCUCCACCUGCCGUGCCGCCUCCCCCAGUCCCAGUGCUACCAGGGACAGCCCCCAACCAGAUGGAAAAGCUACCCGCUCGCCAAUUGCUGCGGAGGGAGAGCUCAGUAGGGUAUCGUGUGCCCGGGAGCACGGGACCCAGCCUCCCACCUCUGCCCUCCCUCCAAGAGGUAGACUGUGGCUCCCCCAGCAGCUCUGAGGAGGAGGGAGUGCCAGGGUUCCGGGGGAGCCCAGCGACCUCACCCUGCCUGGGCCGCAGGCGGCCCCUGCUUCGGUCCAUGAGUGCUGCCUUCUGUUCUCUGCUGGCGCCAGAGCGGCAGGUGGGCCGGGCAGCCGCAGCACAGAAGCAGGACCGACACACAGCCGUGGGCCAGCUGGUACAGGACCUACUGACCCAGGUGCGGGCCGGUCCCGAGCCCCAGGAGCUACAAGGCAUCCGCCAGGCACUCAGCCGGGCCCGGGCCAUGCUGAGUGCGGAGCUGGGUCCUGAGAAACUGCUGCCGUCCACGAGGCUGGAACACGUCCUGGAGAAGUCGCUGCAUCGCUCUGUGCUCAAGCCUCUCCGGCCCAUCCUGGCAGCGCGCCUGCAGCGCAGGCUUUCUGCGGAUGGCUCCCUGGGCCGCUUGGCUGAGGGCUUCCGCCUGGCCCGGGCCCAGGGCCCUGGAGCCUUUGGGUCCCACCUGAGCCUGCCCUCCCCAUUGGAGAUGGAGCAAGUGCGCCAGAAGCUGCUGCAGCUGCUUGGCACCUAUUCACCAAGUGCUCAGGUCAAGCGGCUCCUGCAAGCCUGCAAACUGCUCUACACAGUCCUGAGGACCCAUGCAGGGGAGGGCGCUGGUGCUGAUGAGUUCCUGCCGCUGCUGAGCCUUGUCCUGGCCCAGUGCAACCUUCCCGAGCUGCUGCUGGAGGCUGAGUACAUGUCGGAGCUGCUGGAGCCCACCCUACUCACCGGGGAGGGUGGCUACUACCUGACCAGUCUCUCUGCCAGCCUGGCCCUGCUGAGUGGGCUGGACCAGACCCACAGCCUCCCCCUGAGCCCCUCGCAGGAGCUGCAGCGCUCGCUCAGCCUCUGGGAGCAGCGCCGCCUGCCUGCCACUCACAGCCUCCAGCACCUCCUGCGAGUGGCCUAUCAGGACCCCAGCAGUGGCUGUACCUCCAAGACCCUCGCUGUGCCUCCAGGGGCCUCGGUCGCCACCCUGAACCAGCUCUGUGCCACCAAGUUCCGAGUCACCCAGCCAGACACUUUCGGCCUCUUCCUGUAUAAGGAGCAGGGCUACCAUCAGCUGCCCCCUGGAGCCCUGGCCCACAGCCUGCCCACAGCCAGCUACCUGGUCUACCGUCAAGCAGAAUGUCCUGCGACCCAGGGGGCUCCAGCGGAGGAGAGUGGUGGGCAGCCAGGAACAGGGAGCCAGGAGGAAGAAAACCGAGGCCUGGGAGAUGGAGACUUUGGGGUCAAAGCCAGCCACACGGACAGUGAGGAAGAGCCUGCAACAACCAAGGAGAGGGAGGGUCAGGCCAGUGGAGACCCUGCUGAGCCAGGGGAACCAGAGGCUGGGGGAGGCCAGGCAGCAGAGGAGUAGGAGGUGCUGACAGAGCAUCAUGGGGCAGGGAGUGGGGGUGCCAGGAAGGCCCGUUCUAGCCAUCACCCUUUGCUGCCACCAUACCCUGGCCCUCCCCUGUGCCCCACCACCUCUGUCUGCCACUUAUCUCCAUGGGCCCACUGCUGGGUACAGUGUGGGACUGGCCACACCUGAGGGUUGGAAUAAAGUCGAGGGGAGUGUGGGGCCCCAGGAUGUGCCCCAGGCUCCUUGCCUCUUGUUCUGCCUGAGAUUAGCCAGCUGCAGUGAGGAAUGUGCCCAAAUCCACCUGAGACCCAGCCUCCGGCACUGGGGGUGCUGUUCUGGCUCCUUCUGCACCUCCUCCAAGAGCACAGAUGAGGCUGCUACUGCCAAGCAGCUCCCCCUACCCAGGCUGGAGGCUCCAACCACUCCUGGGUGUUAGGAGAAUGCAAGGAGCAGGCAGAUGGGCAGCAAAGGCUCUGGGCCCAGCCUGCCCCAGGCCCACUGGAGGACCUGCAGCUCUAAGCCUCAGCAUCCUCUGUAAAGCGUCCUCAUCUGUAAAACGGGGAUACUAUUGUUCCCCUGCUUGUCUUCCAGAUGUUUCCAAGGGUCAAAAUAGAUUAUUUUGUUACAAUGCAGAGCUGAGAGAAUGGAAGAGAGGUACCAGGGGCAUUAGGACUCGGCAUACCUGCUUUCUUCCUGGAGUCUGCUCCCUGCCGGACAGGGCUGUCCACCUGCCACCACUCCCUCGUUUAGUCCAGGGAAGAUUGUUCCUCGAGAUCAGGCCCUGGGGAAGGAAGCCCCAUGUUUCAGU